GAAAAGCCGGCCAAGGUAUUGAAAUUGCGUAAUGGCAGAGCUAAUUUUAUUUUACUUUGAUUAUAAUCUGCGAUUUCCCUGAACCUUUAAAUGUACUGAAAUUAAUCGGUCGAAAUUUAUUCACAUGGCCGUAAGUGGCGAAAGACUAGGGAAGUCAAGCACCCGUGUUAGUAGUGAUCUAUCCUUAAACAAUGCAAGCACUCAUAAUAUUGGCAAGAAUAGUCUGAUAGUAUCUAACUGGCCUGAUACUGUCAUUCCACAAAUUUCCACUAUCAGAUGUCAAGCAAAUCAGCCACCAUUAUCUUCAUCACCGGUACUGAGUGCGUGUGGUGCUAUUUAUGGUCAACUGGUAACAGCAGACCAAUUAUGCCAGUUGGAACAGCAUUCAACCACGAAUACAAAUGAUGAAAUUACUAAGCCAAUUGACGUCGGACAAAAGAAAGCUAGUUUGUGUCUAACUAGUGUGAAAUCAACACCAUAUGAAAAUAAAAUUCAAAAAGCUGUAUCAAUAAUUAGUACUAACGUAACUUCCAGUACAAAUGUUUCCCAACCUACUUCUCAGAUAAUAGUGGCUCAGUCAGCUUAUGCCAAUUUAGAUCCAACAGUCACUAAAAUACAACAACAUACUAACAGAGAUAUUCAUCAACCUAUGGAAUUAUCGCAUUCACUUGGUUCAGAAUCAUUUAUAUUUUCAUGCCAUUCUGAUAUUCAACCAACCGCAAUGGACAUAGGCGGACAACCAGGUAGUCCAUCAUUAUCAAAAAAUCUUACAACUGUAGUAUCUAGUUGUUUACUUCAAAGUAGUACUUCGCAGAGCGGAUUAAAUACUUACUGUUAUCCUAUUUUUCCAUUUCCUGUUUCCACUGCGGAUGAAAUUACUUGUAAUUCAACAUUAUGUAACCAUGUCAAAGAUGCUGGAUUAGGCAGUAAUACUCGUGGUACUAUAGUUGCUCAUUGUGAACCGAUAGUAAAUGUUAGUAAUCAAUACCCCUGUCCACGAGAUUUAGAACAACGACCUGUCAUGAAAAUGUCAGUGAAUCUUAUUCGAACUUAUAAAAAUAUUAAUGAGGUCUACUAUCGAAAGAAACGUCGUAUUAGAGAACAAAUUAGUGAGGAUAGUAUUCAAAAAAGAGAUCGUAAAGGUUCUGUUACUUUUGGUAAUAGUGGUAGUGGAUUGGCUCCUUCAUGUCAAAAUGGAUCUACAGGAAGUUUAACAGGAGUUAAUGUUGCAACUGUAGCAAAUACAGCUGCAUUAACAUGUCACUAUCAUCAUUAUCAUCAUCACCAUCAUCAUUGUGUAGCACCACAGUCGUCUACAUUAUCAUCACAAAUUCCUAUGGUACCUCCACAUCGAUGUGGGAUUGGUUGUAAUAAUAAUAAUAAUCUUGUCACAGGGUCUAUUUGUUGUACAUCAUCUUCAGAUUUACAAACACGAUCAUCCGGAGUCAAUGGCAUUAUCCAAUCACGACAUCAAGGUCCCUCUAUAGUUCAAAUGAAACAUCUUCACCAUUCAACUAUUCUUCAUCCUAAUCAACAUCCUAUUUCCAAAGAUCUAACUACUUCACAUCUCUCUCACCAUUCUCAGCAACAUAUCUACGAUCAAGGUUCAUCAUUUCCUUCUUGUAAUCCGUCUAAAUCAUAUCCAUUGACUAAUUUGAAUAUUGUUACCACUGCUUCUGGAUUUCGUACUGGACUCACAUUAACAUCAACAAGUGUUGGGACUGGUCCAUCUGUAUACUCUUGUCAAAUGCAAUCAAAUUCUGUUUGUCAAUCAUCAUCAGCAUCAUCGUCUGUAUAUCCAUCACAUCAUCAUCAUCAUCAUCAUGGACUUGUGCGUAUUGGUGAUGUAUGGUAUAAUCGUUAUAAAAUUCUAGCCUUAAUUGGGAAAGGUACAUUUGGUCAAGUUGUUCGUGCUUUCGAUGAAUUAACCGGAGAGGAAGUCGCUAUUAAAGUGAUUAAAAAUAAACGUUCUUUUGUACAACAAGCUGAAGUUGAAAUUAAAUUACUACGUGAAAUGUCUAUAUUUCAAGCGAAUGAACAAUUAGCUACAGAUGUUGGAGCUAAUUAUAUUGUUAAUUUAAAAGGACAUUUCAGUUAUCAUGGUCAUUUAUGUUUAGUAUUUGAAUUACUCUCUUAUAAUUUAUAUGAUUUACUUGGUAAUACAAAUUAUCGUGGUGUAUCAUUAAAUUUAACAAGAAAAUUUGCUCAACAAUUAUGUGCUGCAUUAGUAUUUCUAUCUAGAUCAGAUGUACAAGUAAUACAUUGUGAUUUAAAACCGGAAAAUAUUUUAUUAGUUAAUCCAAAACGUUCAGCAAUUAAAGUUAUUGAUUUUGGUAGUUCAUGUCAUGUACAUGAAAAAGUAUAUCAAUAUAUUCAAUCAAGAUUUUAUCGCUCUCCAGAAGUAUUGUUCAAUUUAGACUAUGGCUUGGGUAUUGAUAUGUGGUCACUUGGCUGUAUUUUAGUCGAAAUGCACACUGGCGAACCAUUAUUUUGCGGAGCGAAUGAGCUUGAACAACUGCUCCAAAUUAUUGAAGUGCUUGGUUUCCCACCGGUGUAUAUGAUUGAAGCUAGUCCUAAAUUAUCAAACUUUUUUGAAUGCAUACCGGUGAAUUUGAAUUCUACUUCAACAGCAACAACAACAACAAACUUAAUCAGUACUUCUACCACUGAUGGUGGUGCUGACUUUACUGCCAAUAAUACUAGUAUUAAUCCGGCCUCGAACCCUACAACGACACCAUCGACAACCACAUAUGGCACAUUAACAACUACAAUUAAAACAAACACAAUAGCUGGAGAUAAUACAGUGGCGGCAACAACAACAGCCACUGUUUUAUCUUCAUCAAAAAAUACUACUAAUGCUACUACUACUACUACCACCAUCAGUAGUAGUUCGGCCUGUGGUGCUGAUUGUAUUAAUCAUUGUUCCAAUAGUAAUACAAAUUUAAAAAAUCCAGUCAACCCUGGUGUUACAAAUAGCUGUGAUAGUAAUAAUAACUCGAAUACAUCAAACAAUAUAGCUGAUAAAUUGAAUACAGGUGUAUUAUUAUCAACAUCUGGGACUGUGCUUUACAAACCGAAACGUGUAUGGACUAAACAAGAGUGUACUUACGAGUGUAAAUUUUCUGGAGUUGGAACAAGAACAUUGCGUACAGUUGUCGGAGCUGAUAUUGGUGGGCCUAAAAGUUGUCGUCGUGGGGAACAAGGUCAUACACCUGAAGAUUAUGAUAAAUUCGUCGAUUUGAUCCAACGUAUGUUAGUAUAUGAACCUCGGUUUCGUAUUCGCCCGGAGGAAGCUCUAACGCAUCGCUUUUUCACACGUAAGGAUGAAAGUGGACAACAGAAACAACAAACUGGUAACAGUAGCUCUUCUACAACCCCUUCAACUGUCAAUCCGCCACUUACAACUUGUUCAAUAAUAACGACAACAGCCAAUGUAAUCAGUAGUAAUAGUAGUACUAUUACUUCUACUCCUAAUACUACUACCACAGUCGUCACUAAUACUUCUGUUACUGGUUCCAAUACGAAUAUAAUAUCUCUCUCUUGUCAGUUUGCUUCCCCCAGUAAUAAUAAACAGUCUCCUUCCAGUAAUUUAGCGCAUUGUAUUCAUGAAAAACUUCCCUCCAGUAGUAGUAAUAGUAGUGGUAGUAGCACUACCACGACGUUGACGACUACAUCUCAUCAGCAUUAUAAUUCCGAACAGGACAUAAUGAAUGCAUCCUACUUAACAUUUGCUCCAAAUCAAGAGAUUAAACUAUCUGGAUCAAUUGUUAGCUCUACUACUUCUACCGUUCCACCACCAUAAUGACUUCUAUCGAUUAAAUAUCCCUUCAUACUACUCAUAAGGAGUCGGUAGAUAUGGAUGCAAGCUAUCAUUUUUUUAUUGGUUGGUUGGUUGGUUUGAAAUCCUCACAAUAUUAUAGUGUGACAGUGGUAUUAUUGUUGGUGAUUGUGUAAUUUGUUUCUUUAUACAUUUAUCUGCUUAAUUCAUUCACUUUGCUGGGUUUUCUCUCUCUUCUAUUUAUCUUCUAUUAUGAUAUGUUAUAUCCCUUUUUUUACGGAAACCUAUAUAUAUUACUGAAAUUUCACCCCGGUUGGAGUCUAUCCUUAUUGUUCUUUCCUGCGCUCUAUCUCUCUAUGAAAUGCAUUCAAUUCACUUUAUAUAUAUAUAUAUAUAUAUAUAUAUAUAUAUAUAUAUAUAUAUAUAUAUAUAUAUAGGCUAUCGAUCAUUCUAUUUCUUAUGCUAUGCGAUUGAGUUUCUUUUUUUAUUAUCCCCGACACCAUCAAUGUCAUCCACUUUAUUUCUAAGCAUAAAUAAUAACACACAUUGGUGAAAUUCUCUUGAAUCAAUCUCAACAUAAUAUGAUGUUAUUAUUAAAUUUUUUGUUUUCUUUCUUAUUCAUUAAAACACCAUGAAGCUUUUAUCAUGUUCAAGUAUCAAUAGUGAUCAUUAAAUUGUUAGUGUAAAUAAUAAUAAUAAUAAUACCAGUAGGAGCUGUUAUCAUUGUUGUUGUAAUAAUAAUAGUGAUAACGACAAUGAUCGCCUUUCUCCAUCUAAACUAAUUCACGUACAAAAAUACAAAAACAAAAGUGUAAUGUUUUAUUAUUAUGUUAUCAUACUCUCUUAUUAAGCUGAUAAUACUGUUUGUGUAUGUGUUAUUUUUAUGAUAUUUUUCACCAUUCAGUUAACACAUAUACAAGUUUCCUUGUUUAUUUCAAUAAAACAUAGUUUCAAUUUGAAUAGAAGAAGAAAAUUGGAUGACCUGUAUAUGUUAAUCUACCUGGUAAUGACGAUAGUCUCUUAGAGUUAUCCUAACUUGAUCAAAACAAAUCACUUUCUUUUUUUGUUCUGAAUUAUAUCUAUUAUUCUACAGAGAUAAACCAUGUUAAGCACAAGAUGUGAAUAGAAUAAUUAUUUCCUCCAUGAAGAUGAUUUCUUCUCUUUUCUUUUUUCUGAUGGUUAUUACUUUGGCAGCAGUUCUCUUGUGUUUGUAUGCAUGCGUAUGUGGAGUCUUGUGAAAUAAUAAUAAUAAUAAUUACUUUCUUUCCGUAAUUCAUAAUAAAAUACUAUCAAUUACAUUCAUGAAUGUAGUCAAUUAUUCUAUCUUUUGUUUCAUAGCAAAAUGGAAAUCGAUAAAAGAAGGAUCUUCUUAUAUAUAUCUAUAUAUACUAUAAACAAUGAUCUUUGAAGUCUUUAAUAAUUAUUCUCUUACUAUAUUUAAUUCACUGCUGAUUAUAACUUGCUUCUAUUAUACAUUUACUAGUUUCUUCUAAACAUUAUUUACUCUAAUAUAAGAUGGUGUUAACAACGACAACAACAACAACAAAAUAGUCAGUUCAUCCGUCAUUAUUAUCGUUGUUGUUGUUGUUUUCUUCAAUGAUAGUAAUUUGUUUUCCAUCAAACAACACUCAUUCAAGUAAAUAACAUCAGUCAAAUGGUAUGUGUGUAUUGAAUAUGUUGAUCGGAUCACCUUAUAUUAGAUUCAAUUUAAUUGCUUUUUAUUUAUUUCUAUUAUUAUUACUCUUUAUUAUCAUUUAAUUAAUUUAAUAUUAUUAUUUUAUCAAUGAUAAAUGUUUCUCUUAUCAUUGUGUUUUAUUUGUUUUAUAUUUCAAAACAUGAAUUAGCAUUCCUUUAUAUCAUGUUGCUUGUAAAGAUCAAUUUCCUAGACCACUAUUAUUAUUCUCAUUGUUGCUUUGUUCUUCUUGUUCUUUUUUUUCUUUUAAUAUUCUCUUUUAUUUAUAUUUUGGUUAUGAAAAAAAACAAAACAAUAAAAGUAUACAGGUUUAUCUAUCAUUCAACAAUAAUUUUACUCGGUGUAUUCUUCUCUCUAUUAGGGUAAAUUCUCUCUUUUCUUUUCUUUAUUUUAUAUAUAUACAAUUCUCAUUAUUGUAUUUAUACGUAAAUGAAUUCAUUACAAGUGUAUUCGUUCAAAUAAGAUAUAUAUAUUGAGUGUGAUGUUUCCCCCCCCCCUCCGCCUUUACGUACAUACAUACAACAUACACGCGCGCACGCACAUACAGUCAUAUACUUGUUUUUGUCAAAUACAAUUGAUUUAAUUAUUUUGUUGUUAUCAUUGUGCCUUUUUCUUAAAUGAUAAUUUUUUUUUAAAAAAAAAGUUAGUACCCCUCCCCACUGAAAAGUGCUUAAUUUAAGUACUUGUAAAUGUUCUCUAAUUAGACACAUUUCUCUUCUUGUGUAAAGUGUGUUAUUUCAUUUCUCUCUUCUUUUUUUUGCUUUCAAAGUUUUACUUAUGUAUAUCCAUUGAAAUAAAGAGAUAUAGUCAGUCUAAUCUAUUUUUAAUGUUCAUAAGUGGCGUUUGAAGCGAAUGAAUGGAUGAUAAAUCCCUUUAUAUAUAUAUAUAUAUAUAUACCAUCAUUACUCAUUCAAACAAUAUAAUUGAGUUAUAGUAUUUCAUCUUCGUUGUUCUUAUGGUAAUGUUUUAUGGAAGGUAUUUCAUGUGUGUGUGUGUGUAUAUUCUUGUGUUUUAUUCCAAUAACAGCUGUCAUCGGAUGUCAUAUGUAUAUGCCUAUUUGUGUUUUUAGUUGUAUUUUGCUUGUUUAUUAUUCAUCAUUCUCUUAGUAAAACGAUUAUUAAUAAGGCUUUUUUUAACAAUCAUGAAUCAAGUUUCUAUUAUCUAUUUGUUUUAUCAAUUUUGCCUAUUAUCAUCAAGUUGUUGUUGUUGGUGGUGGUGGUGUUGUUUUUAUAACGAAAGUGUAUCUUCUCCGGUGUAUACGUUGUUUUGGUGUUGGCCUUUUUAAAAAUAAAAAGUACCUGAACAUAUUUGUUUAUUUUCUUAGUGUUUGUUUGUUUGUUUUUCGGGGAAAAAAUGAGGUUAUUUCCCAUUUGCUCACUGGUUCCUCGAAUAUUCUUUUUGCUUUUAUUUAUUUAUAUAUAUAUAUACAUAUAUUUGUACUUUCUCCGAUUGUGUGUGCCUCUUUGUACAUAAUAAAAAUACUUUAAUCUUUUUUUGAAUUUUCUCUCAUUCUGUGUGUCUACAACUAGGGAACUUUUGUUGUGCUUUUUUUUAAACAUGCAGACUGAUAUUUUUCGUAUGUUGCUAAUUAAAAUAGGCUCAUAAAUUAGGUGAUUAUCUUUAUUAUUACUAUUAUUAUCUUUAUUCUUGAUUAAUUGUAUUUUUGGGGCGUGAGGAGAGGGUGAGAUUCGUAAAGAAUUACUUAUAAACUAUUAUGUCAUCUUAUAUUACAGCUUUUUUUUCGCACGUAUUCGAGUUGCCUAUCUUUCGCUGCCUUUUUCUUGUUUUAUUCCUGUUAUAUUACUUAUAUACAUACAUAUAUAUAUUUAUAUGUUUACUAUUUCUAUCUUUGCCUGUGGUAAGCAUUGUGAAAUUGUCAAGGCAAUUUAUACUAUUAUAUGAUUCAAAGACCAUAUGCUUUGUUGUUUGUUUUAUUUAGGUUGAUUAGUCGUAUUACUUUUAAUCAACACUGUUCUGGCUGUAGAUCCCUAUGCAUCUAUUAUAUAUACACACAAAAAGAGUAAUAGGCAUAUAAUCACUCAAUUUAUUUUAAGCUUUUCAGUUUUAAAAACCUGAUAUAAUUGAAUCUUGAAUGGAUCACUAUUGUUCUUAUUAUUACUCAUAUGUACUUUAUCCCUAUUAACCUACCUAUUAUUAACAUAUAUUCCUUAACGUCUUGUGUACAUACUUAUAUAUAUAUGCUUUAUUUGCAAUUAUUCCAUUUCAUCACAUUCAUUAUGAAAUUCACAUAAUAAUAAUAUUGAUGGUUAUAUUAUUAUUAUUAUCAUUAAUUCAUCUGUAUCCAGAUUGUAGUUGAUUGUAUGGGCAAUAUUGUGUAAUGAUAAUAAUUAUGGUACGCAUAAGAACUUUCAAAAGAAGAGAAAACAAGCAGGAUGAAGAUGAUAGUAGAGAAGUGAAUCGUUCUUUUUUUUGUUGUUGUUUUUGUUGAAUAUUUCAUCUGGUCAUAAAAUAGUGAGAAUGUAAUUUUUUACCUAAGGAAGAUUGUGUUUUGCUCUGUUUCUUUUUCUUGUGUUCUUUCCUUGUUUUGGUUUCUUUUUUUUUAAAGUUCUUUCUAUUUCAGUUACUGAAAAAAAAUACAUUGUUUUGCG